AUGGAGUCCGUGACUAGCUUCUUUUGGAAUGAGGGAGCAAAGACUAGUGAAUUGACUAAUACUUCAUCAAAACGUUCAAGCAUAGGAUCCGAUACGAUACAAACGAGCAGCCCCAUGAAGGAUGGCAAGAUCCACAAGGGUGAUAACUCGAGAUCAGCAGGAAGUGCGAAUGGUGCUUCCUCUAAUCCACUUUCCAGCUCUGGGCUGCAGAAGGCAAUGACAGAGACUCUAAUAGAAAAGAUAAUCAAGAUGGCCCUAUCACCAUCAUCGGAGAUGGCUGUUGAUAAUAUAGAGAACAGAAUGGCAGCCGCUAAAGAUAGACCAAGUUUAUCUGUUCAAAUUAUGAGUCGAAAUUUUAUUUUGAUGAAUUCAAGACUGAGUUUACCUUUCACAGUUAUAAAUGAGAUAAUAAGAAUAUUCGAUUGGAAAAAUCCGGCUUAUACUAUUUCAAUGAUUUUUCUUUACACAUAUAUCGUUUUAAAGCCUAUACCAACGGUAACUGCAAUACCCAUCUUCUAUUUACUCUUCGGGGUUAUGGUACCUGAGUAUUUAUAUAUUCAUAAACCCAAUUACUCUCCCUUACUGAAAGCCAAUCCAGUACCUGCACAGGGGCCACCCUUAAGAAAAGCUGAAGUGCCGAAACCAGUUCCAGAAUUGAGCCAAGAAUUUGUUCUGAAUUUGACUGAUCUACAGAAUCAUUUGCUAAUAUAUGUUAGAAUAUAUGAUUGCAUUCAUUCCAUACUUGUUAAGUUUGCUUUUUUUGUCAAUGAACCAAUAUCAGCAUUCAUAUACGUACUUCUGCUACUUUUUGCGAUAAUAAACAUCUUUACCAUAGAAUCAAUCAUUAAAUUUGUGCCUGUUAAAGAAAUCCUGCUGGUAGUGGGUUGGUCGUUCGCUAUCAUAAUGCACCCUAAGAAUAGGGAACAAGUUUUCACAGGAAUAUAUUCAGAGGAGACACGACUCAAAUUAUUAACGUUGACCAAUAAAUGUGAAAGUGCUAUCGAGAAACAGCUAAACUAUACCGAACCUAGAGAGCACCGAAUGGUUGCCAUUUAUGAAAUUCAAAAAUUCAAAAGGAAGGAAAAAGGUUGGGUGACGAUAGGUUACUCAAGCGAUGAUUACACAUUAUUUUCAGAUUUGAGAAUCAAGGAACUGAAAAUCGAGGACAAUUGUAUACCACUUUUAGAAGAUGUCAAGGCGCCUAUAUCAUGGGACUGGAUAGAUAACACAACAUGGGCUCUCGAUUUGGACCCCACAGAAUGGCUUGAGAGAGGUUUUAUAGAGUACGUUGACGUUGAUCACGAUACAAAAUGGGUUUAUGACUUGAACCUGGACGGCACAAAGGGUAAUUACCGCAGAAGGAUGUGGACAAACGUUUGUAUUAGGAAAAUUGAGUUUGACACUGAGGAAGAAGGUAAAACCUCUCAAAAGACUGACGUAAAUGAGACUAUUGGAAACAGCAAAAGUCUUGCAGUUACAAGAGGCUCUUUGUCAGGGUCAUCAGACGAACCACGUCCCGGGAUGAAGACAAUGGCCUCAACAUCAUCACUAAAUAGUGCCAUCAGCACGUCGGAUAGUUCUCAUUCAGUAAAGCCUGACGCCUCAAAGGCAGUCACAAGUCUUGUCACUGCUCUCAACUCUCCAUAA